GCCCACGGGCUGGCGGGAGCGGGGCAGCGCGCAGGGCGGGCGGGUCGGGCGGCGCGGGGCUUCCCCGGGCUUCCCUCCCUGGACGCGGAGGCAGCGCGAGCGGCGAGCCCAGAGUCCCCGCGGCUUCCCCGGCUGGCUGGGCGCGGGGCGCGGGGCGCGGGGCGCGGGGCGCGGAGGCUCGGAGCCCCGGGCUGGGGAGGCAGGAGGCCGGGGCUUAGCUCUGCCCGCGCCCGCCGCCCGCCCCCGCCGCCCGCGGCCUGGAGCGCGCCUCCCCCGUCGCCCCGGGUCUGGCGAGCGGGCGCCGGCCAAGCUGCGGGCGGAGAGCGAGCGCCGGGCGCCGCGGGAGGGAGCUGCCCGGCCGCACCAUGCGGGAGCUGGCCAUCGAGAUCGGGGUCCGAGCCCUGCUCUUCGGGGUCUUCGUUUUUACAGAGUUUUUGGAUCCGUUCCAGAGAGUCAUCCAGCCGGAAGAGAUCUGGCUCUAUAAAAACCCUUUGGUGCAAUCAGACAACAUCCCUACCCGCCUCAUGUUUGCAAUUUCUUUCCUCACACCCCUGGCAGUUAUCUGUGUGGUAAAAAUUAUCCGGCGAACAGACAAGACUGAAAUUAAGGAAGCCUUUUUAGCAGUUUCAUUGGCUCUUGCUUUGAACGGAGUCUGCACAAACACUAUUAAAUUAAUCGUGGGCAGACCUCGCCCCGAUUUCUUUUACCGCUGCUUUCCAGAUGGAGUGAUGAACUCGGAAAUGCACUGCACGGGGGACCCCGACCUGGUGUCCGAGGGCCGCAAAAGCUUCCCCAGCAUCCACUCCUCCUUUGCUUUUUCGGGCCUUGGCUUCACAACCUUCUACCUGGCGGGCAAGCUGCACUGCUUCACCGAGAGCGGACGGGGCAAGAGCUGGCGGCUCUGUGCCGCCAUCCUGCCCCUGUACUGCGCCAUGAUGAUCGCUCUGUCCCGCAUGUGUGACUACAAGCAUCACUGGCAAGAUUCUUUUGUGGGCGGUGUCAUCGGCCUCAUUUUUGCCUACAUCUGCUACAGACAGCACUACCCACCGCUGGCCAACACGGCGUGUCACAAACCCUAUGUCAGCCUCCGAGUCCCGCCCUCCAUGAAGAAAGAAGAGAUGCCCACGGCUGACAACGCCCCCAACCUGCCUCUGGAGGGCAUCACUGAGGGUCCCGUGUGACUUGACAUAGGGGGAGGGAUGGAUGAGGAGCCGGAGCUCACUCUACAGCCCCCACACCCCCAGCCGGAUAUCAUAGCAUUGUAGGAGAGGUCUCCAUAAGUGUUUCUCAUAUGUUGUCUCUCAGUCCUGCUUCUGUUUUGCUGGCGGUGUUCCUCCUUCUUGGAUGCCCAUGCUCUCCCUUGUGAGCCAGCAGAGGAAGGACACAGGAGUGAUGCUGGAGGCUCCGGGGGGGGGGGGGGGGAGUUUGUCGGUGUGGCUUGGGAGACCCCUCUUGCUGAAAUAUUUGUGGUCCCAGCCACCUGCCUGUGUUUCCAUAGUUGUCAAAUACAAUAAACGCUCCCACCUGGAAGGCAUGGUGUGAGCUGUCCAGAGGCAGGAGGUGUUGGGCUGGACAGAGGGUUUUCUGGCCAGUGAGCCCUGGCAGGGAGUUGGAAUGUUCAGGGUGCUGACCUCGGAGGCAAAGGUUCAGCAGCUUCCCGUACACCCAGCUUAUCAGAGC